ACACGUGUUUUGAUUAGUUUAGGUUUUGAAAAUUGUUUUUUCUCCUCUCAUUAUCUACUUAAAACAAGAAAUUUAAAUACGUUCAUCAUGUCUUAUAUGAGUGGUUUCGGUCAGAAGACAUUUAAGCCUGUUCCUCCAGAAAAAGGAAGUUUUCCAUUAGAUCAUGAAGGAGAAUGUAAGAAACCGAUGCUCGAAUAUCUGUUGUGUUUGCACCAGAAUGACGGUGACAAUUCAAUGUGUCGUUUAAUAGCUAAGGAAUAUCUUCAAUGUAGAAUGGACAAGGAUCUAAUGAAAAAAGAAGAAUGGUCUAAAUUAGGAUUUAGUGAUAAAAAUGUUACCAGUGACAAGAAGUAACAGCUUUUAAAUACCCCCAAAUUUCCGACUGUCAAGCAUCAGAGGAACUGUGUAUAUAAAACAAAUAUAUUUUGUAAAUGUUUUAAUAUAUAUAUAUUAAAUCUCUUUAUUCCUAGAUAU